CCUUAUCACCAUCCCGAAAUCCCACUCGCGCUGGAUUUCUCCUCCAACAACACCAUCCACAUCCAAUCACCCAUCAUGUCGUGGCGCAGCCAAGGCAUCACCGGCUCGAACAACAUCCCUCUCGGCAACCGACGCCGCUUUGGAGGCGACGAUGGCGACGACGUCGCCAGCAGCGGCACGCCCGACCGCGAUUUGAAGCGCGGGCGCGACCCUGAACCUCGUGGCGAUGCCGACGGCCCCCGUCGUCGCAAAAAGCGCAACAGAUGGGGCGAUCAAUCCGAGAACAAGGCCGCUGGCCUCAUGGGUCUGACGACUGCGAUCAUGGGUAGCAUGACUGCUGAGCAGCUUGACGCCUACGCGCUGCAUCUGCGCAUCGAGGAAAUCAGCCAGAAGCUGCGCAUCGACGACGUCGUGCCUGCAGAUGGUGAUAGGUCUCCUUCGCCACCUCCUCAGUACGACAACCACGGUCGUCGUGUCAACACUCGCGAGUUCCGCUACCGCAAGAAGCUUGAGGAUGAACGCCACAAGCUCAUCGAGCGCGCCAUGAAAACCAUCCCCAACUACCAUCCGCCUCAAGACUACCGUCGUCCCACCAAGACACAGGAGAAGGUCUACGUCCCGGUCAACGACUAUCCGGAGAUUAACUUCAGUAUGAUUGCUAACCCUAACCAUCUCACCUCUAACCCUGUCUUGUCCUUCCCCUGUUCUAGUUCUCUGGUGGUGUGCCGAGUGUGAUUUGCAGAAGAAAUCCUCGGGCGAGAGCAAAGAUUUCCUAACCACCGUCUAACCCUUCUAACAAAGAAAAACCUUGAUACUAACACAUAGCGCCUUCAAGUUGGUCUACUUAUCGGCCCCCGUGGAAACACGCUGAAGAAGAUGGAGAACGAUUC